AUGGAUCGUCUAAAGCAAAAACGAGGAGUUCUACGUACAGCAGUGACGAAGCUUAUCAACGAAAUCGACGUGUUACUGGAAGCACCUACUACAACGACGGGUGAGCUUUGCACAAAACUUGAUCUUUUGAAGUUAAAAGAAGAGACUCUGAAGUCUUUAGACAACUCUAUCGAGGCUAUUGUGGUGGAUGAAGACUUCGCUGAUGAGAUUCAGACAGUCUUUUCUUACGAAGAAAAAAUAUGUGUAACGAAAUCAAAAAUUUGUCAGAAACUGAAUGUGCAUGAGAGACCACCUGAAGUACAACCGGAGUCCACAACAGGCACGCAACAAACACGGGCAAGAAACCCCACUGAUACCAGGGUGAAACUACCAAAGUUAGAAGUACCGAAGUUCAACGGAGAACUUACGCUUUGGACGACGUUUUGGGAUCAGUUCGAAUCCAGUAUUCAUACAAACGAAACUUUGCACAAAGUUGACACGUUCAAGUACCUUAAGAGCUACUUGACUGGCAAAGCAGCUACCGCUAUUAGCGGGCUGCCACUUACCAACGAGAACUACGAUGCUGCGAUAGACAUUUUGAAACAACGUUUCAACCAGAAGCAACUUAUUGUCGACCAACAUCUACACCGCUUGUUGAAUCUGCCAAAGGUUAACGAUGCACAGAAUUCCGUACGACUUCGGGAACUAUAUGAUGAGAUCCAAGUAAGGAUACGAAGUCUACGGGCUCUUGAUGUCGACCCGAAAGAUUACGGAGUCAUGCUGAUGACUGUGUUACGGAAGGUCAUACCAAAAGAGGUGACUUUAGACUACAAUCGCAAGUACGCGGGAGCUACCCCCGAAGGCAAAGAAGAAAUUGAGAAUUUUCUAGACUUUCUCAAAGUCGAAGUGGAAAGUCGAGAGAAGGACAUGUCGUCAAUCGACAAGCGCAUGGAAGGCGGACGUCAUAGCAUGGAACGAAGGGACACAAGGCGACCUUUCGAGCGGCAAACGACCGGAGCCUUGGCGACUGGAGUGACAGUUCGACAGACAGACUGUGUUUUAUGCAAAGCAACUGACCAUACUCUAGAAAACUGCAACGGCAACCUCGCGGUUGAAGACAAGAAAGCUUUACUUUCACGAGAAGGUCGCUGCUUCAAGUGCGGAAAGCGGUAUCACCGAUCAAGAGACUGCAGAACCGCUCCUCGUCUAAAAUGCUCACACUGCGGUGGGCAUCAUCUCACGGUACUAUGUGAACAGCCCUUGAAGAGACAAGGCAAUGAAGAACCCAGGAAUUCUCGUUUGGGUGUGUUGUCAUCUACCAUGUCUGAGUCCGAAAUCAACAGAGACAGCGGCACGAUCCUUCUACUGACAGCUCGGGUAUGGGCAGAAACUAACGCAAAGCGACAGUAUGUGAGGAUAAUGCUUGACGGAGGAAGUCAAAGGACAUUUAUUAAGGAGUCCCUUUCACAUCUGCUUGACUGCGAAUCAGUAGGGGAGGAGGUGUUGACGAUAUGCGCCUUCGGUUGUAGGCCGUUGAAAAGAAGGUGUCGUCGUGCUAAAGUUUGGCUUCGCAGCCAAUAUUCCCGCAAAGAAGUGUGUGUUGAAGCACUGGAAACACCUGAUAUUUCAGCUAAUGUGCUACACCCACCUGAUUGUAAUCUAACACGAACUCUAGCCGAGAGAGGCAUGCAGGUGGCCGACGUUGUACUUACGGGCAUAACCUGUAAUAGCGAGGUCCAGAUCCUCAUUGGUGCAGAUUCCUACUGGGCAGUAGUGACAGGCGAGACGGAACCAAUCACAGACAAGCUCUUCGCGAUUAAAACGAUAUUCGGCUGGACAGUUCAAGGCCCUACUUCCUCAUCGCCGUCUGACAACUUGGACACCAAUGUAGGUGUGCUUAGAGUAACAGCGGAAAGCUUUGAAGACGAAACUUCUUCCCAGCUGCGAAGAUUUUGGGAACUUGAACACAUUGGGAUUCAGCACAACAAAACCGAAUGCAAAGAAGAUCGUACUAAUGAAGUGAUGGAUCAUUUUACUAAAACAAUUACGAAGAAAGACGGAAGGUAUGAAGUUUCCCUACCUUGGACCACGAAAAAAGACGAGUUACCUUCAAAUCUAGAAGUAGCAAAGACAAGACUCCGAUCGCUAACGAAACGCCUCAUGAGAGACAGUGGGGUAAUUGAAGAGUACGAUGCUGCUAUUCGCCUCUAUGAACAAAACAGACAUGCGGAAAAGAUACCAGCGGACGACAACUCGACUAACACUCAGUACUACCUUCCUCAUCGAGCCGUGAUUCGACGUGAAAGGGACACCACAAAAAUCAGGAUUGUAUUUGAUGCUUCGUCUAGUGUCGCUAGCGAACCUUCUCUCAACGAUGUUCUUCAUGCUGGACCAAAUCUUAAUCCGGAGGUCCUUCACGUUCUGCUCCGCUUUCGCAGGAACACAGUUGCACUGAUCGCUGAUAUUGAGAAAGCCUUCCUACAGAUUUCAUUAGCCGAAGCUGACCGCGAUGCUUUAAGAUUCCUGUGGUACACGACAACACCGAGAGUGGGGCAACCAUUACCCGACGUUGAAGUUCUGCGUAUGACACGGGUCCCAUUCGGCGCUACUUCAAGCCCUUUUCUUUUAGCUGGAACUGUGCGACACCAUCUACAAACAUCGUCUGAAAAGUACCCGACGACUUGCAAACUCCUCUUAGAGAGUUUCUACGUAGAUGACCUGGUAACCAGCGUCGACACAGUUGAAGAAGCACAACAGCUUUGGAAGGAAUCAGUCAUCAUUUUUGAAGAUUGCUGCAUGAGAUUACGAAAAUGGGCAACCAAUGAUGAACAGCUGUGUGCAACUCUGCGGCACUACGAAGACGAAAGGUUGAUCUCACACCACGAGAGGAAGGUGUUAGGUCUGGUUUGGGACGCGGAAAGUGAUACGUUACGAGUUGCGUUAAAUUCCGUGAUGGACUUUCUGCUGACAGCUAACGUUACAAAGCGUAGCCUGCUUCAAACGGUAGCGCGAAUAUUCGAUCCUCUUGGGAUUCUCGCACCAUUCGUUAUAAAAGCCAAGAUCUUGUUCCAACGUGUCAUGAACUCCCAAAAGCCGAUGAAAUAUGGAUUUCAAGGAGCAUUAAAAGUACGGCGCAAGUACUCAGCCAAUCCGUACACGUAUUCUGCGACGCCAGUUUACAGGCGUACGGAGCGGUCGCCUACAUCAGGAGCCAAUAUGCCGACGGAUCAUGUACCGUUCAACUUUUGUUGUCGAAAAGCAGAGUUGCUCCUUUGA